CUUAAAAACGCAGUGGUUAGCAACGCUGUUGAGGGCGUAUGGACUCGGUCGGCCGUAGGUCAGUGAGCAGCACUGUUAAUUCCUCUAGUCUGGAACAGAUUGUAGACGCAGUAUUCAUUUCAGUCUAAUAGGCUCGCGAUUUUCCUUCGUUCCAUUUUUCAACUGAAGGCCUUUCACUGAAAAGUGGGUGUCUCCUCACUACUGGUGUUCAGACAGCGGCGAGUGCAGAAGUGUGUCCUCGAUGGCAGGGUGGAAGGACGGCUCGGUGCAGGAGAAGUAUCGACUGGUUGUGGUUGGAGGUGGUGGUGUCGGAAAGUCAGCCCUAACUAUACAAUUUAUCCAGUCCUACUUUGUCACUGACUAUGAUCCCACGAUUGAAGACUCGUAUACGAAGCAGUGUGUCAUUGACGAGAGGGCGGCCCGGCUUGACAUCCUGGACACGGCCGGACAGGAAGAGUUUGGAGCCAUGAGAGAACAAUACAUGAGGACAGGGGAGGGCUUCCUGCUUGUCUUCUCAGUCACUGACAGAGGAAGCUUUGAAGAAAUCUACAAAUUUCAAAGACAGAUCCUCAGAGUCAAAGACCGGGAUGAAUUUCCCAUGAUCCUUGUAGGCAAUAAAGCAGACCUGGAGCUUCAGAGACAGGUGACCCAGGAGGAGGGCCAGCAGCUGGCCAGACAGCUCAAGGUGACGUAUAUGGAGGCCUCAGCCAAAAUCCGUAUGAAUGUAGACCAGGCUUUCCACGAGCUGGUUAGAGUCAUCAGGAAAUUCCAGGAACAGGAAUGCCCGCCCUCGCCAGAACCCACGCGGAAAGAAAAGGACAAGAGUGGCUGCCAUUGUGUGAUCGUCUGAGUGGGCCUUAUCACUGUCAGUCACCCAGCUGCUGUCACCAGUCCCGCCUCCUGCCUGACAUGACAUCUUGUAUGGAUGACUGAGUGCUGCCUUCUCCACGUGCAUGACUUCAACAGAGGUUCCUGUGGUAGCAACCAGGAACUGCCCGCCCCCAGACUUCACUUCUAGAAGAAACUGGCAACGCCAAAUGUUAAACUCCUCUUGACCUUCAACAAUAAUCCAAUUCAUAUGAGAAAGUCCUAACACUAAACAUUGCCUCUUAAAUCAGCUAAACAAUAUCAUUUUUUCUAUUCUGAAGAACUUUUUCUUGCCUUGCAGUGACAUUUGUACUUUUUGCUGAGAUUGAAUGAGAAAUAUAUAUAUCCAGAAUGUCAAUGAGAGGUUUACUAGUUACCAGUUUCUCAUCAGAAUAGAGCGGUGAUCUUAUGAAGCUCUGUGUAUGUCAUGUCAUAUCCCUUUUUACUUCCAUGUGCUCAUCCGCUACUGUACAUAAGUGACAUUUGUUGUGAUUUUGAAAACGCAUUUGUAAUGACUUAUUAAAUCGCCACAGUACAGCGUGUAAGGUUGAUGAGUUUGGUUUGACUUCUAUGAACAUAACAUGUAUACAAGUAUGUACACUGUACAGUAUAAACCUAGAUAGCCCUAAAGUUAUUAUGACAACUUAACUUUCCAGCGUCGUCAGCGGAUCCAUUUCUAUGUCUAUGGAUUCUGUACUCAUCUCACUGGCCAAAUAUGGAAUGUUUACUGUAUUUGCAUUGUAAGGUUCAUAGACUGUAGGCUUCUAAUAACAUGAUAUCAAACCUGUUUUAUUUAUUUAGUUGUACAACUCUUCUCUGACUCUUACCUGUUGUUGUUGACUAGCUCAGAGUCAGGUUGGCCUAAUCAGAAUUAAACAUUUUAAACUCUUUAUAUUUUUAAUCUUUGACAAGCAAAGCAGAAGAGACCAUGGGUAGUAUUUAUGUACCUCACUGGUAAUGAUGAAUUUAAUAGCAGAGCAGAAGAGACCAUGGGUAGUAUUUAUGUACCUCACUGGUAAUGAUGAAUUUAAUAGCAGAGCAGAAGAGACCAUGGGUAGUAUUUAUGUACCUCACUGGUAAUGAUGAAUUUAAUAGCAGAGCAGAAGAGACCAUGGGUAGUAUUUAUGUACCUCACUGGUAAUGAUGAAUUUAAUAGCAGACCAGUUUCAGAAAUGUUCCUCUCUGACAUAUCUUUUCAAAUCAAUCCCUCUCAGUUGGAACAUUGAUUUUUGUACCAUCUAUUUGGCUCUCUUUUGGAACGUAGUUAUUACUUAAAGUAGAUAGAGGUAUUGAGCUGUUGAAGCUCACUCAUAUAAACAAACUGUAACUUCAUUUCAAUGACAUGGUUGUUUGUUACACACUGCCUUCAAUUAUUCUUGGAGAUGUGUUCAUGUCCUCCAAGGUUAUUGGUGUGACUCUGGGCCAGUUUGGAGCUGUUUCCAUGACUCCCACAGUCACAUGGAGGUUAUAUCAUUGCCAUUACAUCACCUGACCUCUCACCUUUAAAGUUAACAUCAAGACAAUUCACACAUUUUGUUGUCUUGUCAUCCUUUUCAAUAUGAUCUGUAUUUCUUCUUAAUAGAAACCAAUGAACUAUUGUAGUGUUGUUAUAUCAUCAUGUAAUAUAAGACAAAAAGAAACAUGAAAGUGAUUAUUUGAUGGACUUGAUUAAAUGUUUUUACUUUAUACUUUUAUACAUUAUUUUCUUAUCAAACUAGUUGACAAGUAUUUUUAUAUGUCUGUAAGUGAAUAUGCUCUCACAGCACAGCUGUGUGUAUAUGUAAAGAGGAAUGUAUAAUUCCCUUAGCUGGUUUUGAACUGAAGAAGACUGUAGGCCUACAUUGGUUCUUGACCAACCUGUGGUCCAGAACCUUUCCUCUUGAUUUGAUUAGUCCUCAUUUGGACAAAUCUUCCAAGAGUUUUUGGUGUUGGUGACACAUUUUCCUUGACGAUUCCCCACUAUCUUGCCCAAUGCCUAUACUGCAAAUGUCAACCAAUGUGUUGUUUGAACGCCUCCACUCAGCCCACCUGACCUACUAGCAGGGUGGAUCGUGGGUAGGCCGUUCCCUCUUCUCUUCACUGUUCUCUAGUUCAAUGUUUGGGUCACAGAUUCAUGUGUUCUGCUCAAUGGUGGAGUCUGAAAGUACCACCACCUCUCUUUUGGCAAACUUUAUGUACAGUACAUUCAAUUCAUAUAUUUUAUUUUAUUUUCACGUCCAUGCCCCUUGCCCCAUGUAUAGCUUCUGGUGCUAUAAUAAAAUCUGUCAUUCAGCCAACUAUAAUAGAGAA